GGGUGCCAGSCGUUUCAACUUCAAGCAAUAAUUUAUGACUUCAAAAACAGCUCUAGCUGUGCAUAAAUUUUUCUCGAUUGAGUGACUUUGCAUCGGGGAGAAUGUGCUCUUGGYUAGUCACCCGAUGACUAUCAACUCAACACGAUGACUACAUAAAAUCAAGUUUAAGUURCCAAAGAUAGAAGUUCAUUAUUGUGUUUGAGAUACUGCUCUGAAAACGUCGUAGAAAGCGGAUCGUCAAUUACUCUAUCAAGAUAUGACAAGCUCGUCUAGUAACUCUUUCGAGUGGAGAAAGCAAAUGGCUGAUUCAAAUGAUGAAGAUGAUGCGAGCUUUAGACUCGACGAGGAUGUGGAACUAGACAGUGGAGUCAGUCGGGAGGUUUUAGUAAGAGAUGAACUAUCUGGGAGUGUUAGCAUUCUUCCUUCAAACGAUAUCAAAUCAAGKGACAAGCAACAAAAGAAGACGUGUACUUAUUGUGUUAUCGUUGGAGUUGCGAUCUUUGUGUUCUGCCUCGGUCUUAUUAUAUUAAUCGUUGGAUUAGUCUUCAUCUCUAAAGCACCAAAAUGCGAAAAGUCCAAAUAUGACGCCUACGCGAAUAUGUGCAAGCCAUCAAGCGAAGCUAAKAAUAGAGGAUUUUACACGUUUCUUGAAAAAGUYGAAAACUUUUAUUACGAGACCUUUCCUAACAAAAUACAAUACAAAAGACCUGUAACUGUCAAAGAAAUUCGUCARAAAUUUAAAAUAUACGACGAGUCGCCGUUUGCAAAGAAGAAAUUUACGGAUAAAUGCGGAGAAUUGUUAAAAGAAGUUGAAGAUUUGAAGAUCGACAAGAAGAGACUGUCACUAAGAGAGUCCAAGGCCUUGUCUCAAAUUUUACACCUACUGAAAUAUGGUCUUGGGUAUACGUACGGUACGAACUACUACACAGGGGACUACUUGCUUUUACCAAACAUGUGGUGCUUCAUGGUUCCUAUUUGUGACAUUGGRCGUGACUUGGGGAAAGGAUUGCGUUAUCUCAAGCCCAAUACAGUAAAGGACAUGGAAGUAUUACGUGACAGACUGAGAACGGUCAAAACCGCCUUUGAACAAUAUACUGAAAACUUAAAGUACGGAGUGAAUGCUGGGAUGGUACCCACGAUAGGGGCGUGUCACGCUGGUACCAAUGGACUCAGAAUGAAAUAUAUUAAAAUAGCUGAUACUGGMGAACAAGGUGUGCUAGAAGAACCCUUCAUGCAGGACAUUCUGGACAAGAACUUUUUGUCAAAUAUUACCAGUAAUUCUGCCGAGAUGAACACAUGGAAAGCCAAUUAUGGGAAAACUGCCAGUGAAUCACUUAGGGAAUUCAUUGUUGAGUUUGUAGGCAAACCGAUUCACGAAAUGUUCAGAUACAUACGAGGAGAAUACCUAACUCACUGCGUCCCCAAUAACGUAUCCAGCGGUCUUGCUUCACUUCCACUAAAAUACGUCUAUACCAACGGUACAGCGGACACCACCAAGCCAACUACGAAACGUCUSCCCACCGGGCAGGAGUUAGAUGGAAAAAAGACGUAUAAAAAAAUUGUUGGAAGCUUCACGACUACAAACAUUACACCUGAUGCUAUUUAUGAACUUGGUAUUGAGCUGAACAAUAAACURAAACCUCAGAUUACUGAACUUGCAAAGAAAAUCACCGGAGAAUCAGACGACAAAACGGCUUUAAAUGCUUUGGAUAUUAAGCUAAAUUCCUCCGAGUUUUACUACAACAAUGGCUCACUGCCGGCAAACGAAUCRGACGAGAACGCAUUCAAACGAUGCAGUAACGAGAAAGAUGCAAGGAUGAAUUGUCCUGUGAGAUGGGAAGUGAUCGAGAGAUACUUUGCAGAAGCAGAAAUGUUCAACAGUCUUGUCGAUCCAAGAACAGUGUCAUUGUUCUACUUCACGGGACCCAAGUACUCAGUACCAAAUUGCCCUCUUGAACUUACAGCAGACUUUAAUCCAUCUUCGGCCGUACCUUCUUAUUAUGAGUCUGACCCAGAAUGCCUUACCACCUCGCGCUUCCGUCUCCCUUUCUUCGUGAAGAAUUUUGGGCCAAAAUGGCGUCUUUUGAACUUUUGUGUUCACGAGGGGAGACCUGGUCACCACACACAGUUACAGGGAUAUCUCGAACGAUUUCGUGACACUUGUGGGGGCGUGAUCACAUGGUUAGACAAGCUCACGCAAUACUGGCCGUUCGUSGAAGGCUGGGGAGUAUAUGCUGAAUAUCUUGCCUAUACGGAAACAGUAAUAAAAGAUAUUUUUAAGGAGCGACCAUUAGCCAAAUAUGGUAUGCUGAGGGGACAGAUAGAUCGAGCUCAACGUCUUAUUCUUGACGCUGGUAUCCACCACAAAGGGAUGACAGCCUCGCAAGCUAAACAAGAAUAUUCCGUCUCAGACUCGGCAAUAACUCGUUACCAGUCCGCCUUCGGUCAGGCGACGUCGUACAYGAUUGGGCGACAGUAUAUCUUAAAAUUACGUCAACGCGCAAAAAAGGAACUGGGCUCUAAGUUUAAGAUUCAAGACUUUCAUUACCAUUUGCUGUCCCAAGGGAACUCCCCCUUGAGUCAUUUUGAUGACAUCAUAGAUCAGUACAUCACGUGCACAAAAGAUAAAAAGCAAACCGGAUGUGACGUCAUACUUAAUCCACCAAUUCGACCGAGAGAGGCUGGAAAGGAUGAAGGUGUUAAWGGRGAUAUUAACUACUUCUAUGAUCCACCAAGRCAAUCACCAUUAACGUUACAUUAUUAGAUUAAGAUGUGAUAUGCUGCGAGGAGAGUUUUCUUCACAUUCUCUCUCGGUUAGAAGGCGACAAAGGUAUCCUGAAAGACGUAGAUAGUACACUAAGAUUUCAAGACUUUACACACUCAGAUUUUAUUGAAUAUUUGGAUGAUGAAUGCACGAUUCAGACACAAWCAAGAUGCACGUCUUUACAAAGAGGUUUUUCAAAUAACUGAAAGUAUAGAAGUGGCUUUUKMAAARCSGUGAAUGAACUUYAGUUACUUUCAUUACCACUGGCGCGUCUACGUAAUUGAUGAAAAGCUUUAUUAAUCUAUCAUUAGGUUUUCACUGUUCAUGCACAUCUCGUAAUAAGACUAAAACAAAGCACAGCAACACAUCUGGAUCUUUAUCCAACAUGGCUCAGAUUAUAAGCUCAAGUUUACUGACUGUCCUCAAAGUUACUGGCCUGUUUAGCUUAGAUUUUAGGGAUAUCGGGCAAUUUACGCCUGACAUUUUCAUAUUUCACAGUAUUCUGGAAGAAAAAGAAAAACAGAACUUGUUAAA